AGCUCACAAUAUUGAGAAAGGAAAAACCCGAAAAACCCAUUAAAACAGAGAAGAUCUACUGAGGUGGAACAAAUGGGUAUCUCGAAUCUUCUCAAAUUCAUCAAGCCUUUUAUCGAACCAGUUCACAUUAAAAAAUACGCCGGCAAACGUGUUGGGAUUGAUGCUUAUUCAUGGCUUUACAAAGGAGCUUAUUCAUGCAGCAUGGAGCUGUGUCUCGAUUCUGAGGGCAAUGCAAAAUCUCGUUAUUUGCAGUACUUUAUGCAUCGAAUCAAUCUACUUCGUCACUACAAGAUCACACCGAUUGUUGUUUUUGAUGGCGGGAAUAUCCCAUGUAAGUCAGCCACUGAGAAUGAACGACAAAGGAGAAAAGAAGCUAAUCUUGCUUUGGCAAAGGAAAAACUCCAUCAAGGUGAAGUUAAUGCUGCCAUUGAGUUAUUCCAGAGAGCUGUCAGUAUUACUCCAUGCAUGGCACAUCGAUUGAUUCAGAUUCUUAGGUCAGAAGGCAUCGAAUUUGUAGUUGCUCCAUGUGAGGCUGAUGCACAAUUGGCAUAUUUGUCAAGCCUUGAACCUGAACAAGGUGGAAUUGUGGCUGUGAUUACUGAAGAUAGUGAUCUGCUGGCCUAUGGUUGUCCCGCUAUUAUCUUUAAGAUGGACCGAUAUGGCAAUGGUGAGGAGAUUGUGCUAGAAAAGGUUUUCAAUUCUGGCACUGGUUUAAGCCCCUCCUUCCGGAAUUUCAAUAAAGAAUUGUUCACAGGUAUAUGUGUCUUAGCUGGAUGUGAUUUCCUUCCAUCUGUACCUGGAAUUGGGAUUAAACGAGCCUACUCAUUGGUUUCUAAGUAUAGAAACUUGGACUCGGUUUUGUCUGUGAUGAAGUUUAACAAGCACAAUCAAAUGCCUGAAGAUUAUGCAAAGUCUUUUAGAGAGGCAGUUGCAGUAUUUCAGCAUGCCAGAAUAUUUGAUGCUGGCACUAAGACGAUAAAACACUUGAAACCUCUACCUGAAAAGCUUUUGCAAUCUCUAGAUGGCAAUCUGGAUUUCCUGGGACCAGACAUCCCAUCAUCAGUAGCAACUGCCAUUGCUGAAGGUCACUUAGAUCCAAUCACCAUGGAAGCCUUUGAUAACUUACAGAAUGCUGAAAGCUUUCUGGACCCAAUUGCAACUCAAGCUUCUGAUCAAGUCCUAAGAGCUGAGAUCCAGGUGGUGGUAUCUACGCAAGAGAGCUGCUUCUCCUUGUUUUCCUCUUGUGAAACAACAGGAAAAAGGAAUACAGAUACAGAGCAGAAGGUGACUUUGGAUAAGAGGAACUAUUUGAGGGAAGCUGUUAUUCUUGAAAAACUAAUCACCCCUUUGGAAUUCCAUCAGAAGGUUGAUGACAUUGUAGAAAAAAGAGAAUUUCCAGACAACAACCCCUUCAAGAAAAGAAAAGUUGCUGAUUUUCAGUUGGAACAAAUGCAAACCACCACUGACCAAGCUUCAAAGGUGAUAGAUGCUGAAGAAUCAGAUAAGGUUAGAGAAAGAAGAGAGUUUCUCAAAAACCCAUUCAAGAAAAUAAAACUUGAUUUGCAGUUGGAGCAGAGACCGACAGCCACUGAACAAGUUUCAGAGGUGAUAGAUGUAGAUGAGUUGGAUGAGAUCAGUGGUACCCCAGAGUCUCAAAAAAGUGUGAAGUCUAAGCCUAUGACUCUGGUCAUCCCUAACAAGAGAAAAGAGGGAAAUAAGAAGAGAUUAAAUAGUAAGAUCAGUUGCAAGAGUUCUGAACAUAGAAGUUAUAGCAUUCUCAAUUUCUUUACUCGAUUGUAGUAAUUAGUUCCCCUUUUUUUUGGGU